UAAUUGAAAUGUUUUGUUUUAUAAAUGUAAAAUGUUAAAUUCUUAAAAGUAAUGUUUCUAAUGCAAAUUUUAAUGUUUACAUUUAAUAGUUAUAUAUGUUUUAUUAUAAACAAUUUUGUAUUGGCCUAUUUUUAUUAAUUGCUGUAAUGGAAGAAAUCCUAAUCAAAAGACUGUUAAUGCGACUGUUGAAACUCUUCUGACUGUUGUGCAGCACCUGUGAUAUCUUGCAGCUUUCAAUUUCUGAUUUGGCUGAAUCUUGAAUACUUGGACUAUGAACAAGAAGAAUUAUUCUAUGCUGUUGUCGCUAAUGAAGAUGAGGGAGAAUUGAAAGUGCUUUCACUAAGUAUUUGCGACAAAUACAACAAUUAUGAAGAGGAGUGCUUUCAUAAUAUUUGAUUGCGUGGCCUGUUGAGAUUGGAUAAAGACUGAUUUCAAGUUUGCAAACCGUCAAGUCACAUUAUUGAUCUUUGAUCUGUACAGGCUUGAGAAGAUAUCAAUGACUGGAAUAUUGCUGGUGCAUGGAAAAAACUGUAUUUUUUUGCGUUUUACAUGCUUUUGUGAUCAAGGAGACGAGAAGUUCAGAUAUUCUAGCACGGAUCAUUAUCUCAAGACUUUCAUUAAAUAUGGAUGUUUUAAGAAUUAUAUGAAUGACAGCCUACGGACAGAUGUAUUUGUCAGGUACCAUCCAGAGACCAUUGCCUGUGCAUGCAUCUACUUGGCUGCUCGGGCUCUUGAGAUUCCACUUCCAAAUCGUCCCCAUUGGUUUCUACUGUUUGGAACAAGUGAAGAAGAAAUGAAGGAAAUCUGUGUGAAAAUCUUAAAGCUCUACACUAGGAAAAAGGCAAAUUUGGAACACCUUGACAGUGAAGUUGAAAAGCGAAAGGUGGCUCUUCAAGAAGCAAAAGCAAAAGCCAAAGGUCUUUUACCAGAUGGUACACCUGCAUUAGAUGCUCCACCAAGCUUCUCACCAUCUUCAAAACCAGAUUCUCCCAAAGAUGGAAAACUUGAAAAACCUUCACCACUAUCUAUCCAGGCAAUGAAAAAUGCUAGACGAAAACUGGAUGAGGAAGAAAAAUGGCCCCGAUCUAACAGUCCCUUUAAUGGUGUUCAAAAGGGGAAGAGUAGCAGAAGUCGAAGCAGAAGCAAAGGUCGGAGUUACUCAAGGUCUCGCUCUCAUUCACAUUCUCCACGGAGACGAAGAACAAGAAGCCGUUCUGCAUCUAACAGCUCUCGAUCCCGCAGCCACUCAAGAAGCCGCAGUGAUUCCCCUCCACAACGGCACAAACGAAGCUCACCUUACAUUGGCAGGCCAAAAGUCAAGGAAUAUGAUGAUAUGCGAGAAUACAAAUACAAUUCCCACAAACGCAGGCGUUCACACAGCAGGAGCUACAGUAAAAGUUUGUCAAGAUCUAGAAGCAGAUCCAGAGAGCGUUUAGAUUUUCCUCGAAAACACAAAGAAAGCAGAAGCCAUCACAGAGAGCGAAGGCAUGAUCGAUCACGGUCUUAUGAAAGGUCUACAAAACAUCACAACAGCCACUCUGGCCACAGCAGACACCGGCGGUGAUGGGAGAAGCCUAUUUAAUGUUGUUUACAUAACUUUGUAUUAUUCAGGAUUUAUGCAAUCUCUAAACAAGUCUUUGUUAAAGAGGUUCCUGUAGAACAUUGAGGGUUAGUUGUGUAAAUUGCACUGCUUGUAGUUCGAAAACAAAUGUAGUGGCUCCUGCUGACAUCCCCAUUAAGAUUUUUUAAUAGUGUCUUACCAACUGCUGAUAAAUUUCAUAUUAACUAUUUUCUGAUAAACCUUGGUUGUGUAUGGUUUACACAGCUUUAUAUUGUUUCAGGGUUUGUAAAUUAUUUUUUGUAAAACUUGCUUGUGUUAACAUGACAUUUAAGAUUUCCUUUUCUGUUAACUGUUUGUAUAUAGGGCCGUAAACAGACAUGUGCAAUGCACCUGGAGGAGUCGAGAGAGAAAUGCUCUCUUUGAAGCAGUCAGCUUCAAUUUUGUGAACUAUAUUUUGUGUUCAGUGUUGUCUCAAUGGUGCAGUUGGGUGCCAAUUUCAUUCAGUUUAAUUUUUUAAAAUAAUAAAUUUCUUUCAAAUGUGUGAUUACAUACUUCCACCUGUUGUUUGGUCUAAACCAUUGAAGUAGGAUUGACGGUGAUAUGGUUUUACAGAAGAGAUACAUGGCUAUUUUUGAUUUUGCUGCUGCAUACACUAUUGUAUUUUUCAGAAAGAAGCCAUUGUCUUUGUAGCUAUGUAAAGUACUUUAAAAUUUUUCUUUGGGAAGUAAUAAUGUACCUAAGAGAGGUUACUUAAUAUUUGUAAAGAGAUUUUCAAACUUUUGAUGGGGCAGGAAGGUUAUUUGCAACUGAUAAUUGUCUGUCUGUUCAAGUGUACAUGUUUGUUCUAUUAAGUAAAACGAAUUGCUUACAACCAGGAGAUAUUGUACAUAAAACUUCUAAUGUAGUGCAGCAAACAUACAUGUGCCUUGAAUAUGUAAGUUUUAUGAACUACAAAUGGAAUUUGGAUAUGCAUAUACUGUAAAUAAAUUUUUUAACAAGAA